AAUAUAAAAGUCGAAGCUGCGUCUUUUUGAUAAAAUACUUUUGAAAGAAUAUCGUAUUUUUCUUUUAUAUGAUGUACGUGUACACAGGCAUUAACAGGGUCGGCAGAUCACUUUGACAAUUCCAGGCAUUCUAAACAAAGUAGACUUUCUUCGGAUGAUAGUUCAUAUUUUGGUGUAAAAGUAUUUUCCCGACGCUUGACUCUAAGUUUGCAACUUUAAUUGUUAAAAUUUGUGGUGAAAUAAAAACGCGUAAGAUGCAGUCGCCCGAUCUGUUUGGCUUGGAGAUGCUGUGGAAGUUGGAGCAGGAGAAAGUGACCAAAAAAUCAGACCUGAUGAUACUGUUGGUACACUGGUAUUUGAUGAAGAACGGAUUUCGUAACGUUGGCGUUGGUGAUGAUAAAACGCUCGAAAACAGCAUUGAACAGAGCGAACUGCUACCGGAAGGGUGGAACGCUAACGACACAUCGUACGCCCUUCGCUACACCAUAAACAACGAGCUGUACAAUCUCCACGGAACUCUCUCGAAUGAUACGAUGAUCAUUAAUCUCCUGCAUGCCAAAACGCUACAGGUUUCGAACGUUGUCUUUAAUCUGGAGACAACCAUUCAAUCAUGUCGGGGCGGUAAAGUGAUGACUCUGAUCGACAACAUCGAUGAGCAAAUUUCUCGACUGGAUAAGGAACUCGUACAGCCAAUACACAAUGGUGCCCCCACACAGAGUUCCAGCACACAGACAGUGCCAGUACCAAAAAGGUUGGCACGCGUUCAUGUUCAUGUCGAGCAGGGAGACGUGCCUACUAUACCAUUCGCUGGUGUUGGUAGAGCGGAUCUCGAUCCGCUGGGAAGACUUGGAGGAGGUAUGCUGAUAGAUCCUCUCCGUCCCAGAAUGCCGUCGGGUAUGUUUAUACCCAGACCUCGUAUCGAUCCGAUGGGGCCCAACAUUAAUUAUUACCCGAAUCCGGAUCAUCUCCCUCCUCCUGGAGGUUAUGAUAACAACAUGUUUAUGUAAGCGAAAGAAGUUUUGUUUUUUUUUUAUUUUCGUUUC